UCUAAAUAUUCAAUAAUAAUAAAAAACUUAAGUGAAGUGAAAUGUGACUGUGUUUUCGUGAGUGAAUGGAUUUUUGUUACUAGUGGAUAAUUAAAUAAGUCUGAAUAAAUAAAUUGUAUACAAUUAAUUAAUUUAAAAGACACAAUGUGGAAGUCAUUAUUUUUCGUAAUGGCAAGCUCAUGGCUAGUGAGCUGCGUGCCUCCACCACACCCUGCCGCGAUUCAAGUCAGGCGGGAAGAGGAGUUCCUACCACAGCACCUUCGGAGCAGAGCCCUCUACAACCCUCACCUCAGAGAGGUCCUGCCGCUGACCAGUUUACUCCAUAGCGGAGAGCAGUUGGUGUACGAAAGAGAAUCAGACAAAGUGCCUCGCAGCAAGAUAUACAACCUUCUGACUCACUCCGGGCUGGUACCGCGUCAGUUCCACCAGCAUCCUCAGUUCCAGUUCCAUCAUUUCCGGCCAGCGCUGCAGUUCCACAGCCCGCCCGUGUUCCACGACCCGCCCUUCUUCCCCAACCCAGAUGUACUACAACGCUUGUAGAUACCCGCUGUAAAAUCAAUACCAUAUUUAGCAACCAUAUAUACCAUUAACCUAACAUGAUGCACCUACUAAUUUUUAAGUGUUAAAGUAUGUUAUGUAGUUAGUAAACUCAAUUAUCGUGACCUUAGUGUUGAAAACACGAAAGUUAGUAAAUUAUACACGAAUUACACGAUACAAUGCAUUUCUGUUUGGCAUUGGUUGAUUGGUGUGACCUUGAGUAAGGUAUUUAUGCUCGUGCAUAAUAGUCAUUGUGCAACAUCACAGACACGAAAUUAUGUGAUCCGAACUAGCAAUCAUGGAAUUAAAUAUUUAAUAACGAAAUACCAAACAA